CGCGCGGGACUUUCAAGCGCCGGCGGCGGUGGCGGCGACGUGGCGCCGACAUGAGCCUGUGGGUGGACAAGUACCGGCCGUGCGCCCUGGGGCGCCUGGACUACCACAAGGAGCAGGCGGCCCAGCUGCGCAACCUGGUACAGUGUGGUGACUUUCCUCACCUGCUAGUGUAUGGACCAUCAGGUGCUGGAAAAAAGACAAGAAUUAUGUGUAUUCUACGUGAACUUUACGGUGUUGGAGUGGAAAAACUGAGAAUUGAACACCAAACCAUCACAACCCCUUCUAAAAAAAAGAUUGAAAUCAGCACCAUUGCAAGUAAUUACCACCUUGAAGUUAAUCCCAGUGAUGCUGGAAAUAGUGACCGGGUCGUGAUUCAGGAGAUGUUGAAAACAGUAGCACAAUCACAGCAACUUGAAACAAACUCCCAAAGAGAUUUUAAAGUGGUCUUACUGACAGAAGUGGACAAGCUCACGAAAGAUGCUCAACAUGCCUUGCGCAGAACCAUGGAGAAGUAUAUGUCCACCUGCAGGCUGAUCCUCUGCUGCAGCUCUACAUCCAAGGUGAUACCGCCCAUCCGGAGCCGGUGCCUGGCCGUGCGCGUGCCUGCUCCCAGCAUUGAAGACAUUUGUAGUGUGUUGUCUACUGUGUGCAAGAAGGAAGGUCUGAAUCUUCCUUCACAACUGGCGCAUAGAAUUGCAGAGAAGUCGUGCAGGAAUCUGAGAAAAGCCCUGCUUAUGUGUGAAGCCUGCAGAGUGCAACAAUAUCCUUUUACCGAAGACCAAGAAAUCCCUGAGACAGACUGGGAAGUGUAUCUGAGGGAGACUGCGAAUGCUAUUGUCAGUCAGCAGACACCCCAGAGGCUCCUUGAAGUUCGUGGAAGGCUCUAUGAACUUCUGACUCAUUGUAUUCCUCCUGAAAUAAUAAUGAAGGGCCUUCUCUCUGAAUUGUUACAUAAUUGUGAUGGGCAGCUGAAAGGGGAAGUGGCACAGAUGGCAGCUUAUUAUGAACACCGGCUGCAGCUGGGCAGCAAAGCCAUUUAUCACUUGGAGGCAUUUGUGGCCAAAUUUAUGGCACUUUACAAGAAGUUCAUGGAGGACGGAUUGGAAGGCAUGAUGUUCUGACUUCAAUCAGCAGCUCUUCCAGAUAGUUUUUGGAAUUAGCAUUUAUAUACAAUUUAUAUUGGAAAAGCUGUGGGUGAAAUAAACUACCUUUAUUGAA